AUGGCCCUGCACCCUGCAUUAUGCAUGCAUGCAAGCAAGCAAGCUAGCAAGCAACCAGCAUCCAGCAUCCAGCAUCUAGAUCCCCCGCGUGGGGGCCUCAUCAUUACGGAAGCAAUGAAGAAGCGGCAGAGUCGAGAAGCGAGGCGCAACAUCGAAACUCCACGUAACAUCCAUCCCCAGAGCUCACGGCAGCCGCAAGUUACCGUGGUGACGGAGGCUUCCUGCUCGGGGUCACCAACCACCAGUUUCCAGGAUUUCAAAGUCGGCCGGCUUGGGGGCUGGGAAUUCCAUGGUGAUAUGUCCGAAAGUACUCGACCGAGCUCCAGCCACGCAGCAGGUCAGAGCGGUUGCCAUGCCGUAUCCAGGGUCAAGCCGACGCUUAGCACGCACGAUGCCUAUUCUGGAGGAUAUUGGACGAUGUUCGACCAGCUGUGA